GGAGGAGAAGACUGGAGUUACCUUUGACGCAUUUGACCAAAUAUCCCUCUGCGAAGUGUAGAAGCGCUCAGACUGGCUGGCAGCCUCAUUUCAUGGACGCAUGCAACCUGACUGCACAGAUUACUCAUUUCUUCCAUCAAUUUUGACUUUUCCCGAACGCUGUCUUCCACCAAGUCUUUUCCAUGGUAAUCGGGACACGGCGUUUUCAUGGGUGACAAUACAGUCGUGCACAACUGACAGCGUUUAUUGGUUUAAAUAACAUUCUACCUGACAAGAUGCAGCUCCGGACUGUCAUUGAAGUGAAAGUUGUGGAUGUGCAGAAAAGAAGGAAUCCGUCAAAACACUAUGUGUAUCUUAUCAAAGUCACUUACUCAGACUCCACUUCCCACAUCAUCUACAGGAGAUACAGCAAAUUCUUUGACUUGCAGAUGCAGAUCCUUGACAAGUUCCCAAUUGAGGGAGGGCAAAAGGACCCGAAAAAGAGAAUCAUUCCAUUUCUGCCUGGUAAAGUCUUGUUUCGGCGAAGUCACAUUAGAGAUGUUGCUGUGAAAAGACUGAAGCACUUGGAUAACUAUUGCCAAGCUCUGAUGAAACUUCCCUCUCUCAUCUCCCAAAGCGAGGAGGUUCUGAGGUUCUUUGAGACCAAGGCAGAGGACCUCAACCCUCCCAAGGAAGACUGUGGAGGCUCCUGUAAGCGCAAGUCAGGUCUGGAUGCCUCAGAUCCCAUGUUGUUGGAGCAGUACGUUGUGGUGUCCAGCUAUGAGAAACAAGAGCCUGCCGAAAUCAGCCUUCAAGCUGGAGAGGUUGUGGACGUUAUCGAGAAGAGUGAGAGUGGGUGGUGGUUUGUAAGUACAGCAGAGGAGCAGGGCUGGGUCCCUGCAACCUAUCUCAACUCCCACAGUGGAACUCGAGAUGACCUGGAGCUGGGGGCCUCCAAAGCCGGGGAAGUAACAAAGCGACGUAAGGCGCAUCUGAAGAGGCUGGACCGGCGGUGGACGUUGGGGGGUGUCAUCAGCAGGCAGCAGAGCCGAGAAGAGAAGUAUGUGACGGUGCAGCCCUACUCCAGCGAGGGAAAAGAUGAGAUUGCCUUUGAGAAGGGAGUCAUUGUGGAGGUGAUUCAAAAGAACCUGGAGGGCUGGUGGUUUAUUCGAUACCAGGAUAAGGAGGGCUGGGCUCCAGCCUCCUACUUAAAGAAGGUAAAGGAUGAUUUCUCCUCCCGAAAGAAGCCGCCAACCAGUCCGGUGGAGAUCAUUGGCAACAUCAUGGAGAUCAGCAACCUGCUGAACAAGAAAGCUCUGAGUGAGAAGGAUGUACAGACCGAAGGCUUCGCCGAGGAGAGCCCCCAGGUGGCCAGGAAGGAUAUCAGCUUGCCUAUCCCCUGUUCUGACCCUGCUAGUCCAGCUCAGGAAGGAAAGAACAAGGCGGAUCCUGCCUCACCGGCCAUAGCCCGUAUUGCCCCUCACCGAGUGGAGAUAGGUUCCCCUGUUCUCAGGCAAAAACCUCCUCCCCGAAGAGAUGCAACCCUGGGGUUCCAGUUGCCUUCACCACCAGAGCCUCCUACAGUUGAAGCAGAGUAUUACACAAUUGCAGAAUUUCAGUCUUGCAUAUCAGAUGGUAUCAGCUUCAAUGGAGGACAAAAAGCUGAGGUAAUUGAAAAGAACUCUGGUGGUUGGUGGUAUGUCCAGAUAGGAGAGAAGGAGGGCUGGGCUCCCUGCUCCUAUAUUGACAAACGAAAAAAGCCUAACCUGAAUCGUAGAACAAGCACUUUGAGCCGCCCUAAAGUUCCACCUCCAGCACCACCUGUGAAGAAACAGGACUCAGUGGAGACGGCCCCUCCCAGCAGCCCUGGAUCUGAGGCCCCAGAAUCCCCCGUGUCUCCCGGAAGGCCUGUGUAUGAAGAGCCGGAGUAUGAUGUUCCUGCCAUUGGCGAUUUGGACCUGGAGUCUGAGUUUGAGUUUCUUAGGGGAGAUACUUCCUUGGUAGAUGGAAAGAUUGAGGAUGCCUCUUCAGAGAGGGGUUCUCAUCUGUCCUCUAAGCCCUCCCCAGCCUCGUCCCUCCACAGUGCCUCCUUCAAGAUGGGUGAAUCAUUUGAAGAUGGCCAUGAGGCAGAAGGGGAGGCAGGGGGAGAGGAAGAGUGUAUCUAUGAGAAUGAUGGCUUUAGGCCCUUUAGAGAAACACCUGAGAGGCAGUACAGCAGGGACUCAAAUUCUUCCAAGACAAGUGUCCAGUCAGAAACCGGCAGGACUGCAAACUCAAAACCCACAUCAGGAGGGAGGAGACCUGCAGCAAUCAAGCUCAAGAUUGACCUGAAUGGGAGUCCAUUUUCAACCAAAGCUGAGGAGGCUUCCAGUCCUAAAUCUGCCUCAACUGAGAACACCUUAGACUUCUCCCAGCAGUCCAGGCUUAAGAAAGACCAAGAGGACACCAAAGCAGCCUCCACCACCAAAUCCUACUCUAAACCAAAGCCGGUGGUGAGGCCUAAACCUCAGAUGGCAAAAGCCUCCAGCGCAGAGAAGAUGGACAUCAGUACACUACGAAGACAGCUACGGCCUACAGGUCAGCUUAAGAAUGGUACCAAAACCUCCAAAGGUGAGGACUCAGAGACAGCUUCGGUCGUAUCUUCCGAGGACUCCUUCUCUUCUCAAAGUACCUCCGACCUUUCCUCAAUUUACUCCAAAGGUAGCCGUGGAGACUCUGACCUGGAGGGCUGCGCCCUUUAUCGUACCACAGACCCCUAUGAGAGGGUCCAGGACUCUGAAAUCAGUUUCCCUGCCAGAGUGGAGGUAGAAGUGCUGGAGAAGCAGGAGAGCGGGUGGUGGUAUAUUCGCUGGGGUGAUGCUGAGGGUUGGGCUCCGACUUAUUACCUGGAGCCUGUUGGGCGACAAGAUGACAUGGCCGGGUCAGAGUCUGAUGGUACCCCCACCAAACUGGGUAGCCUCAGUAAGUCCAACAGCCUGGAGAAGAAUGAACAGAGGGUCCAGGCCUUGAAUAAUAUCAACCAGAACCUUAAGAGGAUUACCCCACCCAUUCCUUCCAAACCGCCCGGUGGGCUCUCCAAACCCACAGGCCUGGUCAAUGGAUCGAUGAAGCAGAAUGGCACUAAACAGCAGCAAGUUGUCAGACCCCAGUCUGUCUUUAUAUCAGCCCCCAUUAAGGAUGGUCCCAGUCCCUUUGGCUCUCUCAGGAGAAAUGAGUCCCUUAACUCCACCGACCACCGACGGUCCAGCCCCACUGUGCGACGCAAUGCCUCCUUCGGUACUGUGCCCCGCAGCCCUGCGCCGAUCCGAAACACAGUGUUACCCAACAGGAGCGGGUCUGGUACUGGCAGCUCUGAGUCUCUUGGCCACAGCACUCAGAGAAUUGCCCUCCCCAUAUCCACAGUGAAACCCAAGCCCCACAUCAUCCAUAACAACCUCAGAGAGGUAUAUGUAUCCAUAGCCGAUUACCAUGGGGAUGAAGAGACCAUGGGGUUUCCUGAGGGGACCAGUCUGGAGGUUCUUGAGAAAAACCCAAACGGCUGGUGGUACUGCAAGGUUCUGGACAGUGGAAGACCUAGGAAAGGAUGGGUUCCCUCAAAUUACCUCGAGAAAAAGCACUAGCAUUCAUGUUUGAAGCAGACAGAAUUCUGUCAAAGCGUGUAAAGACUACUUACACAGAGGCAUUUAUUUUGUGAAAAUGAUUCAUGCCAAGACUCCAAGUAGUAAUUUAAAACUUCACAGGUACCUCCACCAAUAUGAGAAGGCAGAUCAAAUUGUGACAAGUUCAAAAAUAACUAAGACAUGUUACAAAAAUAAAUUUAGAUGACAGUAUGACCUGGAAACAUUGUAAUUGCGACAAUACUGGGACUUAGUGGGAACCAAAGAGAACACCAGGAAGAGCAGGACCGAUACACCGCUAGGCACUUUGUUACGUUACCCUGCAUCAGUGACUUUUAAUUUGAAGAAGACUAUUUGAAAGUAAUUCAGUCCAUUGGUAUUCAACCCUCAAACAUUUUCUGUAAGUUUAUUGUAUGAUUUUGUUUUUUUUAAUCAUUUAAAGAUAAUUGCAUGUAUGACAUUCUUCCAUUAUAUGACAAUGCCAAGGGCGGUUAAAUGUUUUUUUUUUUCUGUUUUGUAUGAUGAAAAAAAAAAUCAAACGACAAGAUCAUCUUUGUUUUAGUCACAUCCAAAUAUCGUCUGUUUGCAUGUUUUUAAUGUGUCAUUUUCAUGAAAUGUGUUGUUGGUCAGCAUUUUGUACUAUUGUUUUACCUAUGAUGAAUGAAACAAUCCAUUUGAAUUUCACUUUGUCAUACUAUUUUCUCUUUCCAAAUACAUUCAGUAAAAUCCCCGAUGAUCUUGACAUGUAUUUCCUUGUAUUUUUCACCUUUUUUAACUGUUGUGCAGGUUAUUGUCCAAAUUAUGACUUCCCUAACCUCAGCAACCAAUAAUAUUUAUUCAUUGCUUACAAUAAAACAAUAGUGUUGUUAGAUGAUAUGGACAGUGGAGUUGUCAUGGUAUCAGGUUUAAUUCAUUAUUUUAUUUCUUAUUGAACUCACUAAUUGCCAGUUGUUCACAAUUUGCAAAAUCAUUUCUAAAAGUUACUCAUGGUGAAUCAUUGUUGAUGAUCUUUUCAGUUUCUGCUGGUCAGUAAAUCUGACAAAUAAACUGCAGUAGUGUCAGAAAUAUCAUUGUUUAAUUAUAAUUGUGUGACAAAUGAUAACUAAAGUGCCAAAUGAAUCAAUAAAUGCACUU